AUGGAUGACACAUUUCGUCGUGUAAAAGUCUAUAUCAUGAUGGAAGAUGAGCAAUGGGUAAACAUAGGCUCAGGACAAAUUUCAUCCAAAUACAUCGAGCGGCUGGAGGGCGUGUGCCUCCUUGUCCACUCCGAAUCCGAUGACUCAUUGAUUAUGGAGUACAAGAUACAUCCUAAUGUGCCAUAUCAGAAACAACAAGGGGAUUUAAUCCUUUGGUCUGAAGCUAAGAACCACGGUAUUGCAAUACAUUUCCUGGAACCAAAUGGCUGUCAAGAAAUAUGGGAAGAUAUCUGCCAAGUGCAAGGUAAAGAUCCAAGUGUACUCGUUACACAAGAAAUUACUAAUAAUUUAGAAAGUUUUGAAGAAUUGCCACAGAUGUGGAAUUUGGUUCAGAUGCCAAACUGUGAACUCAGUACACUUGAAAACAUUGCAGAUUUAAUUGCUUUUGUCAAACAUGCGCCACGCCACAGGGGGAGGCUGGCCCUGAUCUUGGAAAAUGAAAAUUACAUUAAAAAAUUGCUACAGCUGUUCAACACUUGUGAAAACCAGAAGAACAUAGAGGGCUUACACUAUUUGCAUAACAUCAUUAGAGGUAUCCUAUUUCUCAACAAUACAAGUUUGUUUAAGAUCAUGUUUUCUGAUGAAUGUAUCAUGGAUGUGGUAGGAUGCCUUGAGUAUGACCCUCAUUUGGAUCAGCCAAAACGACACAGAGAAUUCUUGACACAAAAUGCUAAAUUCAAAGAGGUUUUUCCAAUAACCCAUACCAAACUUCGGCAAAAAAUACACCAGACCUACAGAAUGCAAUACAUUCAUGACAUUCUGUUGCCAACACCAUCCAUAUUCGAAAAGCAUCUCCUUUCUGAUCUGUCAACUUUUAUUUUUUUCAAUAAAAUGGAAAUAAUUACCAUGCUUCAAGAAGAUGAAUAUUUUUUGUUUGAUGUUUUUGCUCAAUUAAAAGAUAAAACUGUAAGUGAUGAGAGACGGUGUGAGUUAUUAUUAUUUUUCAAGGAAUUCUGUACAUUUGCUAAGACAUUGCAUUCUUACAAGAAAGAUUCAUUACUGAAAAUGCUGAUUAAGCUAGGGAUCAUGAGUGCUCUGAAAGUUGUAGUACACAUGCAUGAUUGCCAAAUAAAAGUAACUGCUCUGGACAUAUUUACUUGCCUAGUAGAAUAUAAUCCACGGCUAGUCCGACUGUAUGCAAUGGAAGAAACUCAGGAAAGUAUAAAUGAUGAUGACCUUCUCAUUAAUGUAAUGAUUGAACAAAUGAUCUGUGAUUCUGAUCCUGAAUUUUCACGUGACACCAGCUUGACAUCAGUUUUUCGUCUUCUUCUUGAUCCAGAAAAUAUGCGUGUAACAUAUAAUGGAUGUGAAAAAAGUGAAUUUCUGAAUUUCUUCUAUACACAUUGCAUGAGUAACCUGAUAGCACCAAUAUUGUCUACCACAGUACAAAAACAUAGCAACGAUAAUAGGACAAGCAUCUGUCCUGAUAAUUAUCAAAAUGCACAAGUGCGUGCAACAGUUGUAGAGCUACUUACGUUUUGUGUACAAUACCACACAAGUUUCAUUAAAAAUUACAUUUUGAGCAACAACUUGCUCACCAAAGUCUUGGUGCUGAUGAGUUCAAAGCACACUUUUCUGAUUUUGUGUGCUGUCCGGUUUAUGAGAAAGAUGAUUGGCCUUAAAGAUGAAAUUUACAAUCUUUAUAUAAUUAAGAAAAAUCUCUUUGAACCAGUUGUAAAUGCUUUUAUCCGUAAUGGAAGUCGGUAUAACUUGUUAAAUUCAGCUAUUAUUGAGCUAUUUGAAUUUAUAAGAGUGGAAAACAUAAAGUCUCUUAUUGCAAACAUUGUGGAAAAAUUUUUUAUUGCUUUUGAGUCAGUUGAGUAUGUUUAUACAUUUAAAGGGUUGAAAAUUAAAUAUGAAGAGGAGAAGGAGAGGGAAAGUAAAAUAAGAAGAAAUUUACAUAAUAUUAUAUACCAGAAGAUAUAUUGCAGACGUAUUAAACUUGUGGAGGUAAAAGUCAGGGAAGAAAUGUGUUCUACAGAAAAUACAGAGCAACAAGCUAUUCUACCAAUGAGAAGUGACUUUUCAAGUCUUUAUGAUAUGUUUAUGAAAAUUAAAGAGGCCAGUGAAAAUGAAAUAGAACAUGUAAAAAGAAAAUCAUCUGAAGCCUUUGAAUGUUCUUCAUCUCAUUUUGAUAUUUUUGCUAAUGAAAUGAGUACGUCACACUGUAGCAGCAAGAUUUCUCUGGUAGAUUACCCAGACGAUGAUGAUGGUGACAAUGAUGAUGAUCUUUAUAGUAACAAUGAAAAAGAAGAUGAAGAUGAAGAACCUCCGAAAAAAAAACCUAAUCUUAGUUCAUAA